UAUUAUUCCAAACCUAAUAGAUGGAAAUCGAAUUAUUUUUGAAAAAUCUGUUUCAUAAAAUUCCGACAUCUAUCAGAAUAUUAUCUAACUAUGUGGAAAAAAGGUUCAAAUUCAUCACCAUUAAAGAAUAAUAAAAGUCAAGUAAAUAAGUUAGUUUUUUCAAAUGCAUCCUAUUCUCCUACUAAACGUACAUUUGAUUAUUGCAACAACGAUGAUGUUAUUCCAAUAGCCGACAAUAUUCACCAGCCAGAAUCAUCCAAAGAGUUGGCUGUCUCUAAAGCUAAAUUAAAUGAACUGAAAGAUUGGAUGAUGUUAUAUUUUGAUCAUUCGAAUCAUCAAACAAAAUCACCGUUUUUGCUUUUGAAUGGUCCAUCUGGAUCGGGAAAGACUAUCACAUUGAAGGUAUUGGCUAGAGAAUUGAGAAUAAAAAUUGAAGAAUUACCGGUCACAUCCAUGUUCGAUAAUUACAUUUCGACGUUGUUUGUUAAUGACGAUGAAAACACUACAACACAAAACAAUGUCAUCAUGUCAUAUCAAGAUGGAAAUCAAAUGAAUCGAAUGAAGAAAUUUCUGAACAAUUUAAAUCGAUAUAGAAAUUCCAUUUAUGAUAUAAGGAAUAAUAAACGCAAAAUCCUCAUAAUAAAAGAAAUUCCUGGCAUUUUUCUAACAAAACCAGAUUUAUUACAUGAAGAAUUGAAAUCAUAUAAAAUGAAAUCGAACCAAUCAGCUAUGAUUGUCCCAAUUGUAUUCAUUAUUUCGUCGACUGCUCAAGGAGAAAAUUUAGAACAAAAAAUACUCCCAAAACACAUAAUGAAUUUGUUAAAUUUCAAAACAAUCACUUUUAAACCAAUUAGUGACACUUGUUUAUCAAAAGUUAUCGAAAAUUUUCCUGUUGGAAAUUCAUUGAAUAGAUCUCAAAUUCAAGAAAUUAUUUCAGUUAGUUCCGGUGAUGUUCGUCAUGCUUUAAACUACUUACAAUUCAAAUAUUCAUCAUCAGAUAAAAAUGUUAAAAGAACAAAAAAAUUAAAAUAUGCCAUUCGUGCUCCUCGAGAAAAUGUUAACUCCAUCAAUUGCGAUCGAAAUGAUUCAUUGACAUUAUCACAUGCCAUCGCCAAAAUUUUAUAUGCUAAACGUUUGGAAACUAGUGAAGAGUUUGUGAUUGAAUAUAUUCGAAAAUAUCCCAACUGCGAUAAAAGCAAGUUAAGAAAUCCAUUGAAAGAAUGUAAACCAGAUGAAAUUGCUGAAUUGGCCAACAUUUCAUAUGAUCAAUUGAUUGAUUGGGUAUAUGAAAAUUAUCAAGAUUUUAUCCAUGAUCCAUAUGAUCUAGAAAAAUGUUCCAAUUGCCUUCAAGCACUUUGUGAUUCGACAUAUUCAGGAAUCGAUAACUAUAGUGAAAGAGAUUCAUUCCAAGAUAUUCAAACAUCUAUUGCCAUUCGUGGAAUGUUAUUCAAUUUAAAUGGUGAUAAUUAUGCCUAUAAAAAUUAUAUUGAAAAACCUGUGCUCAGUCAUGAAAAGAAAAUAAAUCAAUUUCGAUCACUGAAUCCACCAAAAACAUUCAAUUUAAAUAAAAUCCUCACUAAUUACCGAGCAAAAAUUGCUGAUUUAAGAAAUUCAAAUCCCUCAUUUUUUCAAUUCGAUAAUGAAAAAAAUUUAAUACUGGACAUUAUACCUGAGGUUCAAUGUUUUCACAAAUAUUUUUCAAACAAUCAUCCACAUCUGAAUUUCAUUAAUCAAUUAAUCGAUUUUCGAUCAUUGGAAACAAACUCCAACAAUUGUUUAGUUUCUACAACCGGUUCAUCGUCAUUGAUGGAGAUCAUUGAACAGGAUGAUAUUCAAAUCGAAGAUGAUUCCGACUAAAUUGUUGAAUUUUAUGGCCAUAUAUUUUUUCACAUGUUUACAUAUAUAACAAAAAAAUAAAUUAUCACUACAC